AUGUCUCGAAAACAUAGCGUCAAUUUUCUCUCCUCUGAGUCAGAUAAUGCAACACCUGAAUCUCAAUCUGCAACAUCCCCAGCAUUGUCACAAUUUUCAAUUAACCUAGAUGAUGAUAGGGGUGAAAACUCUUCCCAACAUCCAAUUGGUGUGAAAGAGGCUAAAUUGAAGAAAAAGAAUGAAGCUGAUCUUAUAUCUGCAAUGGGCAAAUUGCAAGAAGAUAACCGACAAGUUAUGGAAAUACUGAAGAAGAAAAAUGCGGAUAAAAUGGCUAUGAAAGAGUUUAAAGAAGAAAAUAAGAUCUUGACAACAGAUUUGAGCAUAAUUACUGAUCAUAACAUUCGUGCAUAUAUUCAAUCUGAACAAGCACGAAUUAUCCAAAAAAGAGGACAUUUUCAAAAACCACCUCCUUCAACCUCGAAUCUCAUUGGAAACUAUUUCAACAAUCUAGGAGGAAGUGUCGCUGAUUUACCAGAUUAUUAG